AUGGCUCAAUCCAUGCCAGCGACGUGUGGGGAGUGCUAUCGGUGCGGCCUCAAGGAACCGCCCGUUGCUUUCGCCACGAAGAGGGAUUUGAACCGACACCAGCGUACACACGCCGCACACCCAAAGAUCCAAUGCCACUACUGCCAUGCCGUCGUUGGACGGAUAGACAACCUCAAACGGCAUAUCGACACCAUCCACAAAGGCGGCAUUUGUACGGCAGCUGCAUCCGGUGACGAGGAGGCCGUCAUGUCAUGUCUUGUUGUUGACACCAAAUUCGCCCGCGAAAAAGACCCAAGCGGAGACCUGGCCCUUUUCCUGGCCGUUUCAAACGGGCACGAAGGGGUGGUUAGAAUACUGCUCGACACAGGGUUUCAGGUUGAGACGGAGUGCCCGGUUGACGACCCACGUCCGGCCGCCCUCUGGCUCGCACGGGUCCAUGAACGGCAUGAUAUCGCCAACUUAUUGAUCGGCGGGGGCGCUGUAAUCAACCUGCGAAACGGAACUCGACCGGAGGUGUUCGUUCAGGCAGCCAAAGAGAGAAAUCUCCAAUUGCUGAGGCGAUGCCUCCAGACGGGAGUUACGAUGAAUUAUACUGAUUUGCGGGGUCGGACGGCCCUACAUUGGGCUGUGAACAAUAGAGAUGAAGAAAUGACGAAGCUCCUCAUUGCCAAUGGAGCGGUCGUCAAUCACACUUCGGUUCUUAUCGCAGCUGCCGAAUGGGGACAUGUCGGCAUUUUUAGCACCUUGCUAGAGAAAACACGCGAACUAGGAGCUCACACCUUUUGCGAGAUGUUGUUGGAUUCGAAACUUCAACACGAGGAUAUCUUGCAGUUGGUGGUUCAGAAAUGGCUGGAAAUCGAUAAGAAUUGCCGGUUGCGCAGGAGCUGGGAAACAGUUGUAUAUCGCGCCGUCGGUCAGGGAUGUGAGGCAGCUGUACGAGUUUUAUUCGACAACGGCGCUUCCAUAACUUCAUGUUCACUGCAGAGCGCUGCUGGGGGAGGGUAUUUAGAAGUUGUGCGAGUACUGCUGGACCGAGGCGCCGAGAUCGAUGCAGUGAACUGGAUGACGGGAAUCGCACUACACCGCGCUGUUUCGGGCAGGCAUCUAGAAGUUGUGCGCCUACUGUUGGACCGCGGCGCCGAGAUCCAUACGGUGAGCCGGGAAGGGCGAACCGCGCUGCACUACGCUGCUUUUGAGGGAUGUACGGAAGUUGUGCGCCUACUGUUGGACCGCGGCGCCGAGAUCCAUGCGGUGAGCUGGGAAGGGCGAACCGCGCUGCACUACGCUGCUUUUGGGGGAUGUACGGAAGUUGUGCGCCUACUGUUGGACCGAGGUGCCGAGAUCGAUGCGGUGGACCGGGAAGGGCGAACCGCACUGCAUCUCGGUGUCUAUUCCAAAUUUCGGAGGGUGAACGUCACAUGUAUACGGCUGUUGUUGGAGCGAGGUGCCGAUCGACAGGCGAGGGAUAAAAUGGGAGAGACCUUCACAGCUCGUCAAGAGGCGGAAUCGUGA